GAUCAAAUGCCGGAAGAGGAUCUGGUCGAGCUUAAAUUCCGGCUCUACGAUGGAUCAGACAUCGGUCCGAUCCGGUAUUCGUCCUCCUCUACGGUUGCCAUGCUCAAAGAAAGAAUAAUCUCUGAGUGGCCGCGAGAUAAGAAGAUUAUACCAAAGGUGGCUAAUGAUGUGAAGCUGAUAAGUGCGGGCAAAAUUUUAGAAAACAACAAAACAAUUGCCCAGUGUAAGCCACCUUUCAGCGAGCUUCCUGGGGGAGCUAUCACCAUGCAUGUUGUUGUACAACCAUCAUCUACUAAGACAAAAACAGAAAAGAAGGUUGAUGACUUGCCAAAGAAGAAUACCUGUUCCUGCACCAUAUUGUAGAGUCAGGAGCUGCCAAUCUUUCUCAUGUUUGGCAGAAAGAGUACUGUUACCUGCCAUUGGGUCAACGGAGAAUAGGAGAACAUCAUGAUCACUUUUGGUAGUUCUGGUAUCGUCCUCGAGGAACGAAAUCCUCCCUGUAUUGUUGCUCGAGUGCUGUUGUGCCAAUUGGUAUUGGUGUAUGUUUUGUGUUGUUUUGAACCAUGUUGAUGACAUAGAAAGAGAUGAUCACAGGUUAUAUAUAUGAAAUAGUUCGUCUCAGUGUAUUCUGUUCAGAUAUUUUAUUUUUUUCUAUUUUGAUCAUGCUCUGUGUAGUGUCU